UCUUUUUUUGUACAAAAUUAGAACACUUUAAACUUAUGUUUACUGCAGGAUCUUGAACAAAAUGGUUCCAAUGAUAAAUUUGAUUCUAGUGAUUCAUUAAUGGAUAUGAUUAAAGAAUGUGAUCAAUUUAUGAAAAGUGUCUGCAAAACAAUACAUUAAGUUUACACUAUUCAAAAAAAAGAAAUGCUUAAUAACAACAUUCACUCAACAACAGAUGUCAAAGAAAUAACAUCCUUGGCAGAUCUAGAUUGGUUUCAUGGAGAUAUCAGUCGUAAAACAGCAGAAACUAUUUUAACCAAUAAUGCAACAGAAGGAACCUACUUGUUAAGAAUUAAUUCCGAUAAGCAAAACUAUUCUGUCUCUGUGCGCUGUCAGAACUCUGUCAAACAUUAUGUCAUUACUUACAAUAAAGAAAAAAAUAUAUUUUUAUUUGGUAAAGCUACAUUUGAAUCUUUAAAAGAACUUUUGGAUCAUUUUGAAUCACAUCCAGUGCUUAGCAGUGGAGAAGAUGAAACAGUUAUUCUGCAAAAAUCCUAUAAAAACAAAGAUAAUGAGCUGCAUAGUUACACACCUGUAAUUCGACACGGCGAAGCCGGUUAAGAUUUUUAUUCACCGCAAAAUGAGUCAAUAGACAUAUGCUUAGCUUCAAAGGAAGGCUAUCUUACAAAGCGUGGAGAUGUACAUAAAAACUGGAAAGAGCGAUGGUUUGUGGUACAGAAAAACACACUUCAAUACUUUCAUAC